AUGCAGAUCCCUCAGCGUCCACAUCGCGACUCGUUCAACUUCACUUCACCCCUACAAUCCACAUCACACUCGGACCGCAGUCCCCACUCUCAUCCCAAUGAUUCGCACCCUCGCCACCCUACACUGACACGACACGAGUCAUUCUCUUACCCCUAUCCAUCGUCUUCAUCCGCUUCGGACAACGCCCGGCCUCGUCCUCCGCCGCUCCGCACCGCUCACAGCGCGUAUGCCUCGCGCGUCCAAGGCCCUCAAAGCCCGACAGACGAAUCGGGAAUGGGUCUCAUCGAGGAAGAAGACGGAAAGCGAGACGGUGGCGGAGUGGACAUGGAAGAAUUGACGACCAAGGGGAGGAAGAGGAAGCGGCUUGCGAAGGCCUGCAGUGCCUGUCACAAGAAUAAACGGCGAUGCGACGGAUUCGCCCCUUGCUCGAACUGCGAGUUUUCAUCAAGACCGUGUCUAUAUCUCAACGCGAUGGGGGAGACUAUACCGCCUCCGAGAACACGGGAUGGAUCUGGCCAGUCUGGCGGUGCUGGUGCUGCUGCGGUCGGCGCCGGGCAGAAGGGAGGGAGCAAGCCCAUGAGCCAGACGGGAAGCGGACAUGGGAGUCAGGGGCAGAGCAGGACGAAUGGUCAGGACGGCAUGAUGGGGAUUGCGGCGCCCGCGGAGAGGAGAAGGACUGUCGUCGAGGUGGUAGAUGAGGAUCCAAUCCUGAGUGCCGAACUAAUUGAUACUUUCUUCCGCACCGCUUCUCCCUUCAACGCCAUGUUCCACCCCGCCACCUUCCACCACCGCCACUACCUCAAUCAGACGGCUCCCAUCCUCCGCGACGCCAUGUACGCAUUUGCCGCCCGCGUCGCUCCCUCGCCGGCCCUCAUCGCUUGCUACCCUCCGAACCACCCGACUUGGCUCCGCGGCGAGCUCUUUGCCGAGCGCGCCCAUGCCGAGGCCGAGCGGAUCGUCGCUGCUCGGGCUGAGCAGAACGAGUCAGAUAUGACUGGUCAAAAGAGGGGGACAUGGGAGGAGCUCGAGGAAAUCCAGGCGUUCUCCAUCCUGAGCAUAUACUUUGCGUGUCUCCGCCAACCCGUCCUUGCGCUCUUUUAUCUCGACACGGCCAUCGCCAUGCUCCGCCCCUCGACCAAUUCGCCUAUUCCCCGCGCAUCUGAGCUAUCAGCAGUCGAGCAAGCGACGCUGGGAGAGAGCAGGAAUCGAACGUUCUGGCUCGUCGCGCUGCAUGACCUCUGCGCGGCUGCGAACGGCCGACAGCGGAUGUUGGCGUAUAGCGAGAUGGAGGGGAUACCGCUACCGGGUGGCGAGGGUUGGUGGGUGCGUUUUGGUGGGGCUGGGCGCGAUGCGAAGGAAGGAGAAUGGAGGCAGCGUGAUGGACUUGUUCCUGGGUCUGGCAACUGGGCAGGCGAUGAAGGACAGGUCGGCGAGCUAGGCCAUGUGCUACGAAUCCUCUCGAUCUUCAGCGACAUCAUGGCGGUCGCGAAUGGUGGUGGUGCGGGAUCGAAAAAUGUCCGUCUUACACCAUUACACCAGCAUCAGGAAGCUUUGAAGUCCUGGGCACAGAGCCUCCCGGUACAUCUCCAGUUCGACGAGCACAACCUUUCGACCUCUGUAGCCCAGCUCAACUCGCCCUUGCCCCACGUCGCGCUCUCGGGCUGGGCUUUCGGCUACAUGCACGCCGUCGCCGAGUGCGGGAUGUUCUACCUCCAAGCGGCGGUGGCUCAGCAGCCUGGAGCGAGCUGGACCGCCCAAAGGCAGAGUCAGGCAGUCGACAACAUCGCGGUUGUACUGGAUGCCAUGGGCGAGAAGGGUCGUGAAGGUCCAUUGCUGAUCUUCCCCAUCGCUGUCGUCUCCAAUUGGCAGGAUCAUCUCCGCAGCACGCUCGCCUCCCCUACCCCACAACAGCUCUUGCUGGACGAGCGCCUGAACACCUGGUGGAUCGAGGCAAAGCAGCAAUGGGGUGUCGAGCGGGCUCAGGUACUCGACCGCGGCUUCUAUCCCGGCGCACAGGGAUCCGUACUGUCCCCGGAAGUAUACCUCCAGACGAACCCGUACGCCCGGUCCCGCGCUCACACGUCCGAAACCCAUCCGGGAUCGUACCAUCUCUCCCCUCCCGAGCUAGGGCACUCAUCGUCCACGUCCACUUCCCUCCUCCUCCCUACCCCAUUCUCCAGCCGGCCAAAUCUCCCCCCACUCCCAUCGCACGGCGCUCGGCCCAGAGCGACCAGCUCGGUCUUGCCAUACUCGAUCACUCGGACGCCCAGUCCCAGUGUGCCUCCUGCCAACCUAUCCACCAGCGUAGGCGGCGGGAGCAGCGGACAGCGGUAUUACCCAAACCAGUCCUUCUCUGGUCGGGAGGGAAACGCGGAAAAGACUGGCGGGUCCGACGUGCCAGUCUCGGCUUCGUUGGCCGGCGCGGGCGGAUUCUAUCUCCCUCCUUCGGCAGAGUUGAGGCAGCUUAGGCGGCUGGAUGAGGUGCCUCGGCUAGGUAGCGGGUCGGCGGGCGGUCUGGGCCUGGGCCUGGGGGUAUCGAAAGGGUGGAGAGAUGGCCCAUUCUCCCCUCCACGUGAUAGCCACGGUUCCAACCCCUCAAAUGCGGCCGGAGCGGAACCGCUCGGUAUUGCCGCGCUCAUCUCGGCGGCGGAGAGCGAGCGGGAGAAGGAGGAGAAGCGGCGCGAGAGCGAAGGGAGAUUGGCGGAAGAACAGCGACAGAGCCCUGCUGGCUCUGCGCGGGAUGGAGCGGAAGUGCCAGUGUAG